AUGGCGUCAGCGAAGAGAAAAUCCAUUGAAAGUCAACAAGAGGACCAUCCUCUUCUUCCUCCACAGAAACAACAGAGAGAAGACAACAACAAGAACGACAGCAGUUCAAAAAUUAUUGGGGACGGUGGAGCAGUUGCCUGUCUACACGACGUGUCGUAUCCAGAGAAUUAUGCCCCUCCUCCUCCUUCUUCAGUUAUUCAAAUUCAAAAAGACUCUAAACCUGUAAAGGAAUUUCCUUUCAGUCUCGACCCUUUUCAGUCUGAAGCAAUUAGCUGCCUUGACAAUGGCCAGUCUGUCAUGGUCUCAGCUCACACAUCAGCUGGUAAAACAGUCGUAGCAUUAUAUGCAAUUGCUAUGUGUUUGAAGAAUAAUCAAAGGGUUGUUUACACGUCACCCAUCAAAGCACUUAGCAAUCAGAAGUUUAGGGAGUUCAAGGAAGAGUUUUCCGAUGUCGGUCUCAUGACUGGUGAUGUCACCAUUGACCCUAAUGCUUCUUGCUUGGUGAUGACUACAGAAAUCUGGCGUAGUAUGCAGUAUAAAGGGUCGGAAACUACUAGGGAAGUAGCUUGGAUUAUCUUUGAUGAGGUUCAUUAUAUGCGUGAUCGAGAAAGAGGUGUGGUUUGGGAAGAAAGCAUUCUCAUGGCUCCCAAGAAUGCAAGAUUUGUCUUCCUCUCUGCCACUGUGCCUAAUGCCAAAGAAUUUGCUGAUUGGGUUGCAAAGGUCCACCAACAACCAUGCCACAUUGUUUAUACUGAUUAUCGACCAACACCACUCCAACACUAUAUUUUUCCUUCUGGAGGUGAGGGCUUGUACCUAGUCGUGGAUGAAAAGGCAAACUUUCGAGAGGACAGUUUUCAGAAAGCUGUGAAUGCUCUAGUUCCUAAGGCUGAAAGUGAAAAGAAAAGGGACAACGGGAAGUGGCAGAAAGGCUUAAAUGUGAGCAAACUUGGUGAAGAAAGUGACAUAUUUAAGAUGGUAAAAAUGAUCAUUCGCCGCCAGUACGAUCCUGUCAUACUUUUCUCUUUUAGCAAAAGAGAAUGUGAAUUUCUUGCCAUGCAGAUGGCAAAAAUGGAUCUAAAUCAGGAUGAUGAGAAAGCAAACAUAGAAACCAUCUUCUGGAGUGCCAUGGACAUGCUAUCGGAUGAUGACAAGAAGCUACCUCAGGCAAAGACAUUCAGCAUAGGUUUGAACAUGCCUGCAAAAACUGUGGUAUUUACAAAUGUCCGUAAAUUUGAUGGCGACAAGUUUAGGUGGAUAUCUAGUGGAGAAUACAUUCAAAUGAGUGGCAGGGCUGGUCGUCGAGGAAUUGAUGAGCGUGGGGUAUGUAUCCUUAUGGUGGAUGAGAAGCUUGAGCCUUCUACUGCCAAGAUGAUGCUUAAAGGAAGUGCAGAUAGUUUGAACAGUGCCUUCCAUCUAAGCUACAACAUGCUUUUAAAUCAAAUGCGCUGCGAAGAUGGUGAUCUUGAGAAUUUGCUCCGCAACUCUUUCUUUCAGUUUCAAGCAGACAGGGCCCUUCCUGAUCUUGAGAAACAAGCAAAAGCCCUUGAAGAAGAGAGGAAUUCAAUGAUAAUUGAAGAGGAAGAGAAUCUGAAGAACUAUUAUGAUCUGAUACAUCAGUAUAAAAGUUUGAAGAAGGAUGUUCGUGAUAUUGUGUUUUCUCCUAAGCACUGCCUGCCCUAUUUGCAAUCUGGCAGACUAGUGUGUAUUCAGUGCAUAGAAAGUGAUGACAAGUCCCCUUCUUUCUCGAUGGAAGACCUGGUCACAUGGGGAGUGAUAGUCAACUUUGAUCGAGUGAAAGGUGUUUCAGAUGUUGAUGCAGAUGAUGCAGGCAGAAAACCAGAAAAUGCAAACUACACUGUUGAUGUUCUUACAAGAUGUGUUGUGACCAAAGAUGGAGUUGCCAAGAAAAAAAUCAAGGUUGUCCCGCUGAAAGAGCCUGGAGAACCUCUCGUUGUUUCUAUUCCUAUUGAUCAGAUAAAUAUCUUGAGCAGUGCUCGCUUGUAUAUGUCAAAGGAUCUUUUGCCAUUAGAAGUUCGAGAGAACACCCUGAAGCAGGUUUCAGAAUUUCUUUCUAGAAAGCCUAGUGGGUUGCCCCUGGAUCCUGAAGGAGACAUGAAUAUUCAAAGCAGCUCGUACAAAAAGGCAGUCCGUCGGAUAGAGGCUUUAGAGCAGCUGUUUGAAAAACAUGAAAUUGCAAAAUCUCCACUUAUCAAGGAAAAGCUCAAAGUCUUACACAUGAAGCAAGAAUUAACAGCUAGGAUUAAGAUGAUCAGGAAAUCAAUGCGCUCUUCCACUGCAUUGGCUUUUAAAGAUGAACUUAAAUCUAGAAAACGAGUUCUCCGGAGGCUUGGAUAUAUCACGAGUGACGACGUGGUGCAGUUGAAGGGGAAAGUUGCGUGUGAAAUUAGUAGUGCAGAUGAAUUGACUUUGACAGAGCUCAUGUUCAAUGGGGUUCUCAAGGACAUAAAAGUGGAGGAAAUGGUCUCUCUUCUCUCAUGCUUUGUGUGGCAGGAAAAACUCCAAGAUGCUGCAAAACCAAGGGAAGAACUUGGUUUUCUUUUUACUCAAUUGCAAGAUACAGCUCGAAGGGUUGCGAAGCUUCAGCUUGAAUGCAAGGUACAAAUUGAUGUGGAGAAUUUUGUGAGUUCGUUUCGGCCUGAUAUCAUGGAGGUUGUGUAUGCUUGGGCAAAAGGAUCCAAGUUCUAUGAGAUUAUGGAAAUGACACAAGUAUUUGAGGGCAGCUUGAUCAGGGCAAUUAGGAGACUGGAGGAGGUUCUUCAACAGCUUAUAGAAGCAGCAAAGUCCAUUGGGGAAACAGAGCUAGAGGCCAAAUUUGAAGAGGCUGUUUCUAAAAUCAAGAGAGACAUUGUGUUUGCAGCAUCAUUAUACUUGUAG